UGUCUGCACAGGGCACCUUUGCUCAUAAUGUCAGUGGUGCAGGGGCAACUGGAAGAGCGGGGAGGGAUGAAAUCCCAGAGAACAUCUAAUUGGCUGAAGGACACUCACAGAGCCACUGACCAGGGUGCAGCGCCUCUCCAGGAUCCUGGAGACACUGUACAAAUGCAUCCACCUCCCUGGCUCUGGCAUCCUGGAGCAUGGCCAGGGAUCCUCAUCCCUGUUAGAACCAAGGCAAUGGUCUAAGCAGAAGUACUUGGAAGAAAAACGCACUUAUUUCAUGUCAAAAUCAAGUGAAGAGAAAAUUUGACAGCUGUCCUUUUCACAUCACAGGAAGAGAAGUAGAUGUCGCAAUACUUUGCAGACUAUGGGGCUACAUAAUUCAGGAUCAUACUUCUGGCUGUGGCUAUUAGCAGAUUAAAGAAGGUGAAAAUUAUGCCAUCAUUCAACUUCACCAGCUUGGCUCCAGCAAUGUUCAUCCUGGCUGGCAUCCCUGACUUGGAGAAGUCACACAUCUGGAUCUCCAUCCCGUUCUGCUCCAUGUAUCUUGCAGCCCUGCUAGGAAACAGUGUCCUGUUGUUGGUUGUAAGGACAGAGCGGAGCCUCCACGAGCCCAUGUACCUUUUCCUGUGCAUGCUGGCCAUUGCUGACCUAAUGCUGUCUACCACAACAGUGCCCAAGAUGCUGGCUCUAUUCUGGUUCAACGCUAGGGAAAUUUCCUUCAGUGCCUGCCUUACCCAGAUGUUCUUUCUGCAUUUCAGCUUCUCUGUGGAGUCUGUGGUCCUGGUGGCCAUGGCCUUCGAUCGGUACGCGGCCAUCUGCUGUCCUUUGCGGUACAAGGCUGUGCUGACACGCUCAGCCAUUGCAAAAACUGGGCUGGUGGCUGUCGUGAGAAGUUUCUGCAUCAUUUUCCCGUGCAUAUUUCUUCUGAAAAGGCUGCCAUUCUGUGGGCACAACGUCAUCCCGCACACCUACUGCGAGCAUAUGGGCAUAGCCCGGCUGGCCUGCGCUGACAUCUCCAUCAACAUCUCGUAUGGCCUAGCAGUGCCUUUUGCAGCAAUAGUGUUAGAUGUAGUACUAAUUUCUGUCUCCUAUAUCCUGAUACUUCUGGCAUUAUUCAGGCUCCCUUCCAGGACUGCCCGUCACAAGGCUUUGGGCACCUGUGGCUCUCAUGUCUGUGUUAUAUUACUUUUUUAUACUCCUGCAUUUUUCACUGUUUUGACACACCGCUUUGGUCGCACGAUCCCCCACCACAUCCACAUUGUGCUGGCCAACCUGUAUGUGUGCAGACAAGACAGAUAA